CUGGAAAAUUGGUGGGAACUGAGGAUUUAUUUCCCGCCAUUUCUCUUCUUACUUUGCCAAUUGAUAUCGUGUUGUUCUCUGGUGGAAGAUUCAGACGAAGAAUCAAUCGGUAAUUGUAAUGGAAGUCGUCAGAUCUCAGAAGAAACCUUCAUCAGCAUCAGCAGAUGGUGUUUCUACCAUCCCUCUUUAUCGCUCAGCUCCCACUCUCGAAGUUAGGCUCGAAGAUUUCGAGCGAUUCGCUGUCGAUCGGCUCCUAGUUCUGAGAGGGAUUUCUGAUGGAUUGGCUAGAGGAAAGAAACCUGAUGAAAUGGAAAAAUUGGUAAGUGAUCUAUGGAAGGCCAAUAUGAGACAUCCAAAUACAUCAGAAAUUAUUGAUAAAGACAUCAUAUCCCAUUUUGUUUUGCGCCUUGUGUAUUGUCGAACAGAGGAACUAAGGAAAUGGUUUCUUUCAAUGGAAAGCACUCUCUUUCGCUACAGAUUUCGCCUUGAAACUUCUGAUGUACACAGGGCGUUGAUGACAGAGCUUGGAAUCCCUUACAAAUCUGUCACAAAUGCAGAAUUUGAGGGUUUGAAGGAAAAAUUGAGCCAAGUUGCACGCUCAAUUGGGCAACAACUACCCACUUCUGAUACAGUAUAUUACAAGGUUCCAUGGGAAGAAGUUUCUGAACUUGUGGGAAGUCGCAGAGUCUUCAUUAAGAAAGGAUAUGCAUAUGUUGCUUUAAACCAGGUUGUCUCAUUUGUGAUUCCACACUUUCGUAGUCAUCUUUCAAAAGCCCUUGUCCUCACAAACAGAAAAUGGACAUCCAUGAUUAGAGAACAGGAAAAGGACAGAUUAACACCUAUUGUUGAAGCUCUAUCUACCAGUUACCUUGGUCCUGAUUAUACCCAGGACAAAGAAUUUGGUGAAAUAUCUCUGAAAGACAUUGAUCAAGUAGCCAGAAGCUCAUUUCCUUUGUGUAUGCGUCAUCUUUUUGACUCAUUAAGAGAUGAUCAUCACUUGAAACAUGGAGGGAGGAUGCAAUUAGGGUUGUUUCUUAAGGGAGUUGGGUUGAAGUUGGAUGAUGCACUUGCAUUUUGGAAAGCAGAGUUCUCCCAAAAGGUUGGAGCUGAGAGAUUUGACAAAGAAUAUGCAUAUGGAAUACGUCACAAUUUUGGUAAAGAAGGAAAGAGAACGGAUUAUACACCUUUUUCUUGUCAGAAAAUCAUCCUAUCAACUCCAGGUGUUGGAGAUCAUCAUGGUUGCCCUUAUCGUCAUUUUAGCGAAGAAAAUCUAAGAGCUGCUCUUGGGAAAAUGGGAGUAAGCAGCAGAGAAUUGGAGCAAGUGGUGGAUAAAGCAAAAGGGAGACAUUAUCAGUUAGCAUGCACUUUAACCUUUGAAGCUAUUCAUGGAGCUUCUUGUGACACUGGAAUAAAUCAUCCAAAUCAGUACUUUAAAGCCAGCCAAAACAUCCUUAAAGAAAAGAAACAGUCGACAACAUGAGCAUGAGCAUGACGUAUGCAAGUUAGAUAAAUAUAUAAAACGUGUUUAAGUAUAAUGUAUUGUUUAAUGUAAUGUGUUAAUUUAAUUAUAUUUAGUAUUAUCGGUGCU